AUGUAUGUAGAUAUUAUUGUUUGGUAUUGCAUAAAUGGUAUAUUAGAGCUAGCCUUAAGUGAUGCAAUUGAUGAAGUUGAAGCAGCAAAUCAUUUUCAAAUAUUUAUGGAUAGAAUAUACUCCAUCUACAGUAAAUCAUUAAGAAAACCAACGGGAAUUCUACAAGUGUACCUUAAAGCUGACACAACAACUCCAAAAAAUUGA